AGGUGGAGCUUGGGGAGGGGAGGGAGCUUAGCAGGGAUGUGAUGGCAUAGAGCCCACCCUCCAGAUCAAUCGCUUCCGCCGGAGGAAGUGAUCUUUGCAGUGUUCUGGAGCUCAGUUGUGAUUCCGGGAGAUCUCCAGGCCCUACCGGGAGAUGCAACAAUGGAUCUUGUUCUGAACUAUGCAGACAGCUGUGUUUUGACGCCAUAUGUUUAUCCAUCAACAUGGCCAGAAGAGAAUCCUUUCCGGCAACUGAUCAGCCUCUUCAUCAUAACAAACCUUGGUGGACUUGCCAUUUAUUUUCUGUUUGGCACUCUCAGCUACUACUUCAUAUUUGAUCACUCUCUGAAGAAACACCCUCAGUUUUUAGAGAAUCAGGUGACACGCGAGAUAAAAUACAGUGUCAAGUCACUGCCAUGGAUCAGUGUCCCCACUGUCGCUAUCUUCUUUGCUGAAGUGAGAGGAUACAGCAGACUGUAUGAUAACAUUGAGGACUCUCCUUACGGUUGGUUUGGUGUUAUCUUCAGCAUGCUGUCUUUUCUCUUCUUCACCGAUAUGUGUAUUUACUGGAUUCACCGAUUUCUGCAUCAUAAACUUGUAUAUAAGCGUUUGCACAAGCCUCACCAUUUGUGGAAGGUCCCGACUCCGUUUGCAAGCCACGCUUUCCACCCCGUGGACGGCUUCCUUCAGAGCAUCCCUUACCACAUCUACCCGUUCCUUUUCCCUCUGCACAAGGUGACCUAUUUAGGCCUCUACAUCUUCGUCAACGUUUGGACCAUCUCCAUUCACGAUGGAGACUAUCGUGUUCCGGAUGUGUUAAAGCAGAUCAUCAACGGGGCUGCCCAUCACACCGAUCACCACUUAUACUUUGAUUACAACUACGGCCAGUAUUUCACCCUCUGGGAUAAAAUUGGAGGCUCGUUCAAAAACCCGACCUCUUUCGAAGGAAUGGGGCCGCAUGAUUAUUUGAAAAGGCUGAAAGAAAGCGAAUUGAGCAGUAUGAGAAAUGGUUGCGGAGAUGAGAAAAUCCCAAGUAGAGACAGUCUUAAAAAUAAAUAAGUCCUCUCCUACCCAGGGGUAGAAAGUCUUACAGGCCUUUGUUUUUAAAGAACUGCAUCAAAAUAUAACUCGCCCCUCAUGUAACAUCUGGAGGAUUCUGGCACUGUAGCAGUUGCCAAGGGAUGUAAUUUUGUAAUUGAGACACAGAAUCUUGUGCAGUGGACUGUGUAUGGUAAAGCAGAAGUGACAGAGAUGCCUUCAAUAUUUAUAUAAAGAUUAUCCGUGCUAGUGACAGCACGUUCCAUAUGGGAAUGCCCACUUUUUCCCAUGAGCCAAAAUGUGGCCGGUGAGUUCUGCCAUUGUCACUGGGGAGAGAUUAGAAGCCCUGUGUUGGCUUCCCGAGCUUCUUUGUAUGAUAUCCAAGUUGCGGUUCAGCUCUGGAGCCCCUGCUUAGAAGUAGCUUGGUUGCAAGAACGAGCAUUUGAUUUGAGGACUCCACCAGUCAGUGCCGUGCAGUUAACACACAACUGCCUCUGCAUUUACUAGAAUAAAAAGGGAUACUUGGAUGAGUGGGGAGGGGACAAAAAGAUAAUGAUUAUGGCUUUUUGCACGCAAGAUAGAUUCCCAACAUGAAGACUCUAGCAGGUAGCUUUUCCAAAAGCACCAGUCUGUUGAGGCAAAGGAAAAUACAAGGAACAGUUUUAUGGGAAACAAACAAAAAGUGUCUGAAGUGCUUUGUAGGUUAUUAUCAAGGAAAGCUGUUUUUUUUUUUAAAAAAAAUACAGCUAUCCUUUUUUUGUAUAUGUCAGGUGCCUAGAGGGUAAUUGUAUGACGUGUGUUUGAGUAGCAACACAUCCGCAGGCCUGACUUCUGCUGUUGUCCGUGUUAUAGAAUAACCCUUGCGGAGAGUUUUAAUAUUCCUCAGCCAAAAGCAUUGCGGUGGAAAAUACUGAAACACAAUAUAGGAACUCAAGUCUUUUUUAUGCCUUUAGAAGUGCCGCUGCCUGUGUUUUGUAGGGAAUUGCACUGGAGGGCUUGAUAGCUUUACCUUCCCAUUGGAUACAUGUGUCUGUUCUGCAAAGAAGGCUUCUUUUGCUUCAGAUAAAGAAUGGUUAGAGGUUUUCUGAAACACUUCUUUCUGUUUUGUGAGGAGGGGGUAUUUAAAGAAGAAGAAAACGUUUUGCCAAUUGAAAUUUUAAAGGAAUUAAAGGCUAUAAUCUUAAUUGUUUUGACCAGUUGGCUACUGUUGAGCUUUUAGUAUGUCGCAUCUUUUGUAGGCAGUCUACACGCGAGUUCAUUUCAGUGGGACAUGUUUAGAAGUACUUAGUGGUAAAUUGUGGCCAGCAGGAAUUCUAAGUGCUUUUCUUGGCUCUCUUUUUAAAAAAUCCUUGCUGUUGCUUUUUCAUCCCUUAGCACAUGACAUUUUGAAAUUGAAGUUCGUAAAAGAAUGAAAUACAACAUGUACACUUUUGAGUAUAUUAUGCUUUUAUUGCCAUACUAGCAACAGAAUCCAUUUUUUUAAAAAAAAUGGGCCCUAGAAAACAGCACGGCCCCUGGACCAGUUUGCCUGGCCUUCCCACCACUGCACCGGCCGCCAGAGGGACGGGCUGGUUUGCCUGGCCUUCCUGCCGCUGCACCAGCCUCCAGAGGGGCAGGCUGGCUCACCUGGUCUUCCCGCUGUGCACCGGCCGCUGGAGGGACGGGCCAGCUUGCAUUGCAGCGGGCCAGGCAGCCCUACGCCAUAGCGGGCUGUCAGCUGAGCUGCCCUGUGCCGCAGCAGGCUGCCCGGCUGGGCUGCAGCAGGCCACUGGGCAGGGAGAAAAUGGGUUCGCCCUGCUUUCUGCCUGCCCAACUGAGCAGUGGGCAGGCUCCACCACCACCCCUCGUUGCCUGUGUUGCUGGGCUGCUCCCCUGAGGGCCAUGGAGCCAGCGGGUAGGUGCAGCGUGGCCCCGCAGCUGGCAGAGGCAGCGGGAAGGCCGCAGGGGAAGCUCCUCUGCGCUGCACCUUCCUGUUGGCUCUGCAGGCCCUCAGAGGCCUGCCACCAACAACUUUGUACCCUGGCACAGGCAUACUGGCAGACCCCUCAGUGCACCUGCUCCAGGAUGAAAAGUUGAGUCGUCGGCCACACGGUUAGCCUUUUAUAUAUUCGAGAUUGAGGUCUACUCCAUAACAUUCCAGAGAUCGUGCAAAAACAAAGUUACCUUUUAUAAUUAUUCCCCGAAAGAUGUUUAUUUGUUUAAUGAGGACAUGAAAACUGCCUUUCUUUAAAAAUGUUUUCAGAGGAAUAAAGUGUGAGUGCUGUUAACCUUAUGUAGAUUUCUAAAAAAUCUUCUGCCAUUUCCAAGAAGGAAGAGUGUUUCUUUUUGUGAAGCUGUGAGUGUUUUGAACUACGCUCGUUAAUAAGGUGGUUUUACUGUUGUAGUUACUGACAUUGAAGUGAUUGCUUUGGAUUCUGAACUCAAUAAAGAGAGAAAAAUAUCAGUUCUGGCUUUAAGGCCAAACGCUUCUGAUAUAAGAGGGCUGGAGAGGGGAAACAGCUGUUUCCCACCUCAGUUACGAAUCUUCUGGCAUUGCCUUUGCCAGUUCUUAUUAAUGGUUGCAGUAAGUUUCCUUAAGUCCUUCCUUGGUCUGUCUUUCCCAAAAGAUGAGAUAAUUACAACAAGAGGAUUCUUCCUCCUUUACUUUCUGUGGGAUGCAUCCCCUGUAUCCUGUGAAGUAGGUAGGGGUUGUAAGACUGGAUUAUAUAUAGUCACAUUUGUAGUUUGUACCAGAUUCUUGAAUGGCAUAUCCAGACUUGGGAUAGAUUUCAACUUGUGUUAAACAGCAACAAAAGCUGCUAGCCCUCAUUGUGCACAGAAACUGUGAAAUAUAUGGGUGGCUUCUGCUAAAGUCUCAGUAAAGGGAAGGGUCUGGGGAGGAGAGGCUUCUAACGGUAUUGUAGGAGAAAGAAGGCUUUCUUUCACAGUACAUGCCGCUUUCUCCAACCCCGGAGCCCGCUAGCACUUUUAUACUUAUUUUAUUCCCCUUUCCCUCCACCGUCCACAUCUGUGGUGGUGGAGAGGGGGCUUGAAGAAAGUUUAAUGUUAUUUUUUAACGUAGGCCUCCUUCACAUAAUUGCUGCUUAUAGAAUCAUGAAUAAUUCUACCCCGUUGAGGGAAUUGCGCCCAUGGUUCUCCAUAGAACCGGCAUGUGCAUGUCUUCAGUUGAAGAUGCAAAAAAAUUAUGUACAAAGACACGUGUGCACACAGUUGCAGUGUGUGACACAGGGGGGGUAGGGAUUCUUGAAAGUGGGUGCUGGAAAAAUGGCUUCUGCCGCUCUCAGUCUUCAACAGCAAGGUCUGUCGUUGCCAACAGCAGCCGUGGAGACCGUCAGUUGGAUCUGAUUUGAAACAAGCAGAAUGUAAUUAGGAGGAAGGAAUCUAUAAAGCAUUUUGCUUGUUUUUAUUAAUAUGUAUGAGUAAUGUACAGUUGGUUGUCUGCUUCUCCCUUGUGUGGUGGUUGUGUGAGAACAAGCGAUGUUGGCUGCAAGGAUCCAACCCCCUGACACCCUUCUGGUUCUUCUUGGGCCUGCUUCAUCGAUCCGACUGUGCUGUUUGCCUCCUGAACAUCAAAGCCACCGAACAAAAGUGAGAGAGAAGGAAAUUCACGGUAUACAAAUUUUUAAAAGCCAGAUGGGCGUCGAAUGGACUUGUAUGAAGCUGUUGACCCUGUUGAUCAUUCACUUAUGACUAAUGUUUUGUUUUCUUUUCUUGUGACAAGUAAUAAAAAUAUGAACUUUCAGAUGAAAA